CCUCACUCCCUAGUCCCCACUUGCUCACUUUUGGCUUGGGCACUACAAAUACACACAUCCACCUCUCACUUAUCUCUCAUGUUUCCCACUUCUCCCUCUCCCUUCUGCACUUCUCCACUUCUCCACUUCUCCACUUCUCUUCCCUUUACAGUUUCUUCAGUCUUUUCUCCUCUUCUCUCUGCAUUUCCACCAAAAUCUCCAGAUGGGUUUGUUUUAAAACCUCAAAUUCAUCUUCCUUCUCAACCAUCAAUCUCUGUGGACACACAAUUCUUUUGCAUUCUAAUCCAGAACCCAAAAAACUAGUCUGUAUUUUUUGCUCUGCUUCCUCUGUUAUUUUCUGAUCAAUCUAUAAAGAUUACAUUUUUUUUCUUCCGGAGCAACUGCCAUUGUAGUGAUGUCGUCCGUGGUGUGCCAAGGUUUGCAGUCAAUUUCAUUUCUCGAGCCCUGGCCCAAAGUAAGUGCAACUAGACCUUACUGCGCCCGAUCACUCAGUUGUGCUCGGAAAGCUCGCAUCUUUGAUUCUGAUUCUGAGAAAUUCCAGCAAGAGAAGAACAGCAACAACGAGGAACUAGAAAGCAACAACAACUGCAGCGAUUUUGAUAGAGAUAAGAACAAAAAGAACCAAUUCUGCUCCAAUGGCAGUGACAUGGGUGGAUGGAGCUGCAUCCAAGCUCUUGUCAAUACCUCUCAGGAUCCCAAACCAGCAGUAGCAGCAAAAGAGAAGGACGAGAAGGAGAAGCUCUAUAUCCAUCCUCUUGUGAAGCGUACCUCUUCGCAGCUUAGCGAGAAAAGCUUGGAGAUGUGUACGGAGAAUUUGGGGUCGGAAACGGGUUCUGAUAUCAGCGAAGAAGAAAUUAUUAUUAACUCAUCGAACUAUGACAGAGUGAAAGAACGAUCAAAAUCGUCUCUGCCACAGCUUUCAAAGGUGAAUUCUCGGGAAUUUCCACCACCUUUAACGACGAUAAGCGGGUCUAGUCAGGUUCAGAUCAAGACCCACCGUGAAGGAGGGAGGUUAGUGAUGAAAGCAGUCAGAGUUCCUUGUUCCAACUCUUAUUUUCAAGCUGAAAGAGGAGAUGGGCGCCUCAGGCUUCACUUAACCAAGGAUUAUACUCAAAGCUUUGACCCUGUAUUUGACUCCCUAACCACAGCAGCUGCAGAAGAAGUAGAAGAAGAAGUAGACAGUGAUGAUGAUGAUGAUGAUGAUGAAGAAGAAGAAGAAGAAGAAGAAGAAGAGGAGGAAGAAGAAGGAGAAGAAGAUGAUGGGAGAGAGAGAAAGGAAGAGGAGGAGCAGGAGGAAGUGAAAUUCAGGGGUGAGGGGACAAAUGGGAAUAGUGGAAAUGUUGGGGGAGAAGUGGAAAUAGGGAAUUAUGAAAGGGGAAGGAGGAGGUGCAACGAAGGUAGUGGGCGUAGGAACAAAUUGCUUUUGAUUCAGGAGCCUUGUUGGGUGGCUACCUCUUAAUUAAAAAAUAAACUCUCUCUCUCUCUCUCUCUCUCUCUCUCUCUCUCUCUCUCUCUCUCUCUCU